GUCGCAGCCCUGCGAUGGACGCGGGAUGGGGGGGAGCUAAACUAGCCUUACCAGCCGCCUAGUUCGGUGAUACAUCGUCCUUUUACGUGGAGAUAUUCAUUUAGAAAGACAGAACUGAGGGGCCACUGUGGCGUGGUGUGUUGAAGUGCCUUGUGAGGGAUGGAGAGCCAGCAGAGCAGCAUGUUGUUAGCCAGGGAGCUACCGGGUAGCUGCUAGUCGACUACACUAAUUAGUGGGCUGAGUUGGCUUCACUCACUCAGCCCACUAAUUCUGACAGGCGGGCUCACUUUCAGUAUUUAUCUGCGUGGUUUUUCCCCGGUUAAAGCGCGUGUUUUUGGUAGUGUGGGUGCUGCCAGUAGGCUGCUGAGACAGCUGUGGUCGGUGCAGAUCUCAGCCUGCUGUUUGCAGCUGCAGCUGCUGCAGCCACCAUGGCCCAAGAGGCGUUUCCUCUGCACGCCCUGGUCUGGAGCAACCAGUACCUGGAGCUGGACCGAGAGCUGCAGAACAAUGAGCAGGACGUGGAGCGCCUGGACCCGCGAGGGCGAACCCCGCUGGAGCUGGCCGUGUGUCUGGGCCACCUGGAGUCGAGCCGGGUGCUGCUCAGAUACACCGCGGACCCGACGUACUGCAACGCGCAAGGCUGGACCAUCCUGCAGGAGGCGGUGAGCACCGGGGACCCAGAGCUGGUGCAGCUGGUGCUUCAGUACAGGGACUUUAAGAGAGCUACUGAAAGGCUGGCAGGGAUCCCAGAGCUGCUCAAUAAACUUCGACAGGCUCGGGACUUUUAUGUGGAGAUGAAGUGGGAGUUCACAAGUUGGGUUCCCCUGGUGUCAAAAGUGUGUCCUAGUGACGUCUACAGGGUGUGGAAGAGUGGCUCAUGCCUCCGUGUGGACACCACCCUUCUGGGGUUUGAGCAUAUGACCUGGCUGAAAGGACGGCGCAGCUACAUUUUCAAGGGUGGAGAUGACGGCGCGGUGGUGAUGGAGGUGGACCACGAGAAGCAGGUGGUGUACACUGAGCCGCUGGUGUUAUCCCCUCGCGAUGCUCCUUCCCUCCUCGCCGCCAUGCAGCCAUCACAAGAGAACACGGCCCAGAGACUCACGUCGCCCAUCGUCUCCACGCACCUGAACACACGCAACAUUGCCUUUGAGCGGAAUAAGUCUGGAAUCUGGGGCUGGCGCUCUGAGAAGAGUGAGGUCGUCAGUGGGUAUGAAGCUAAGGUUUACAGUGCUACUAAUGUGGAGCUGGUGACUCGGUCAAGGACGGAGCAUCUCUCAGACCAGGACAAGUCCAGAAGCAAAGGCUCAAAGACUCCUCUACAGUCUUUCCUUGGCAUUGCUGAGCAACACACAGCUCACAAUGGGAGCAACGUGUCCCAGUGUGCCAGUCCUCACAAUCCCACAGCCAUCACAGCUGAGGAAUACUUCAACCCGGAGUUCAACCUCAACGGCCGGGACAUCGGACGUCCCGUUGAGCUAACCAGCAAAGUCCAGAGGUUUAAAGCAACACUGUGGCUGAGUGAAUCCCACCCUCUGUCCCUGGCUGAGCAGGUGACGCCCAUCAUAGACCUCAUGGCCAUCUCCAACGCCCACUUUGCCAAGUUAAGGGAUUUCAUCACCCUGCGCCUGCCGCCAGGCUUUCCUGUCAAGAUAGAGAUUCCUCUCUUCCACGUGCUGAAUGCCAGAGUGACGUUCAGUAACCUGUGUGGCUGCGACGAGCCAGUCAGCUCUGUGACGGUUCACAAACCCGAGAGCUCUGAAGAAGCUGGUCAGUCUGCUACUCUCUUCCACUGUGAGAUCGACCCGUCAGUGUUCGAACCGCCUCCGGACUACACCACCCUCGGUCCAGGCCGCAGUGAGCCGAUGAGGGAUGAGGAUGACAACCUGCUGCAGUUUGCCAUCCAGCAGAGUCUGUUGGAUGCUGGCACAGAGAGCGACCAGGUAACCAUCUGGGAAGCCCUGACCAACAGCCGGCCAGUUCCCCCGUCACCGCUGUACGAGGAGGACUCUCAGCUGGAGAGGGCGAUCCAGGAGUCCCUGUCCAUCUCGCUGGCCAACAGAGAGGGCGAAGGCAUGGCCGACACCAGCCAGCCUGCUCCUGCGUCCCCCGUGGACCCGGCCACCGACUCUCCGCUCUCGUACAGCGCAGUGACUGAGCCACCGCUGCCUGGACACUUAGACGUGGCCUCCAGCUUCGAUGAGCAGCUGCGUAUUGCCAUGGAGCUGUCAUGCAGGGAGCAGGAGGAAAUAGACAGGAAGCAGAAGGAGGAAGAGGAUGAGCUGGAGAGGAUCCUGCAGCUAUCACUCACCGAGAAGUAAUGUACUGACGAGCAGCGGGGGCAGGUCCACACUGUGGAACAAUCACCUUUAUUUAUUCUGGGGUUGUUUUUUUCUUUUUUUUUCUAUUCUGAGAUGUUAAGUUAUUACAGAUAUUUUAUUUCUUUCUCACAUGAGGGCUGCUAUCACACAGUGUCAAGGACCAGAUUAUGAAAAAUGUGAUGUUGGCGACGGUGCACCAGAAAUACUUUAUAAGUAACGAAGGAUACAGAAGGGAGUUUUUGCUUUCUUUUUUUAUUGAAUAUUUUUCACAGUCUUGCUGUCUUUGAGUGAUGAAUGAUCCUUAAACUUUUAAGCUAUAACAUGAUCCACAGUAAUGAUGAAAACAAGAAAAUACAGUCUUAAUGGAGUAACAUCAAAUUUGAAAACAUUUAUGUUCGCCUACCCUUACGUGUGAAAAAUAAAGUG